ACUAGUUCCGGUGAAGAAAAAUUGUAUGUGUUUCACAACUUGACACAUAUUUUACAAAGAAUAUUGAAAAAUUCUUUAUGCUUUCUCACUUAACGUCAUCAUUAUGGGUGUACCAAAAUUCUAUAGAUGGGUUAGCGAAAGAUACCCGUGUCUCAGUGAAACCGUUAAGGAAUUCCAGAUUCCUGAAUUUGACAACUUGUAUUUGGACAUGAAUGGAAUCAUUCAUGUUUGUUCACAUCCAGAGGAUGACAACCCUCACUUCAGAAUCACAGAGGAGAAAAUCUUUAAAGAUAUCUUUCAUUACUUAGAGUUUUUGUUCCGAAUCAUUAAACCUAGGAAAGUAUUUUUCAUGGCGAUAGAUGGAGUGGCACCAAGAGCCAAAAUGAACCAACAGAGAGGAAGACGAUUUAGUAUAUGUAUUCUAUCUGUAACAGGUACAGAGUUCAUGGUAAAGCUACAGGAACAGCUGAAGUAUUUUGUCACCAGUAAAGUCUCCAGUGAUCCUUUGUGGCAUGGAGUGAAUGUGUAUUUCUCGGACAUGAGACUCCAGGAGAGGGGGAACACAAGGUUAUGGACUUCAUCAGAUGUCAGAAAUCUAAACCUGGCUACGACCCAAAUACCCGACACUAUGAUGCUAGGGUUGGCCACACAUGAGCCACAUUUCUCACUGUUGAGAGAAGAAGUCAGAUUUGGAGGAAAGAAAAACAAACAACCUGCCACCCCUGAGGAAACCACCUUUCAUCUUCUACAUCUCUCUUUGUUCAGGGAGUACCUGGAUUUUGAAUUCGGUAAACUGCCCUUUGGUUAUGACUUGGAGAAGAUCAUAGAUGACUGGAUUUUGAUGGGGUUCCUGGUGGGAAACGACUUUAUCCCCCAUCUCCCCCACCUCCACAUACAACAUGAUGCCCUCCCCACUCUCUGGAAAACCUACAUGACCAUCCUCCCAGAAUGUGGAGGGUACAUGAAUGAAGGUGGCCAUUUGAACCUUGAGAGAUUUGAGAAGUUUAUGAAUGAACUAGCAAAGUAUGACGUGGAUAAAUUCAGUGAAGUAUUCACUGACCUGAAAUGGUUUGAAGGAAAGAAGCUGGAAAAGUCAGAAAAAGAGCCACAGGUGGAACAAACUAGAAAGAAUAAGAAAGAGAGUACAAACCAGUUUUUGUUAUUAGAAUCUCUUGAUAAUGACGCAGAGGAGACUUUUCCCAACCAAGCACAAAGAUCGAGGACGACUGAGGAGAAGGAGGAGGACCUUGAGGAGGAAGAUGAGGACAGUGACACGUUUGACGAGGAGUUCCGCCUCCACAAACGUAACUACUACAUGACCAAGCUAGAGUACGAGAAUGUGGACAAGGAAGUCCUCAGGGAUCAGAGUGAGCAGUACGUCAGGGGCAUACAGUGGAUCCUGCUCUACUACUUUGAGGGGGUCCCCUCCUGGAGCUGGUUUUAUCCACAUCACUAUGCACCCUACAUCAGUGAUGUAAAAGACUUUAAGGACUUGAAGAUAGAAUUUGAUAUGGCCAAACCAUUCCUACCAUUCCAGCAGUUGAUGGCCGUGUUACCAGCUGCCAGUAAAGAACUGCUACCUGAGUCAUAUCAGAAACUGAUGACUAAUGAUACGUCCCCUAUUAUCGACUUUUAUCCAGUGGAUUUCCAGACGGAUUUGAAUGGUAAACAACAGGAGUGGGAGGCAGUCGUCCUGAUUCCGUUCAUUGAGGAGAAAAGACUAAUAGAUGCCAUGAAGUCAGUGGAGCAUGAACUCACGCCUGCUGAGAAGAGGCGGAACAGUCACGGUCCAUGUCUCCUGUAUAACUAUACACCAGACGUGCUGGAACCAUACCCCUCCUCACUACCAGACGCUUUCCCUGAUAUCAUUAAUAACCAUGCCAGGUUGACUGAGCUGGGAGUUGAUGCCUUCCGGGUUGAUCCUGAGGAGAUGGUAAAGGGUCUGAUGCCAGACGUCAGACUGGACAUUUUCUUCCCAGGAUUCCCUACACUGAAACACAUACCCCAUAAGGCAUUUUUGAAGAAGGAGGGAGUGAAGGUUUUCCAGAUGAACAGCAGAAGUGAAAACAUGAUACUAGAGAUCCUGGAAGAUCCAGAUAGGCCAAAGGAUCUAGAAGCUGUUGCAAACACUCUGCUGGGGAACACAACCUUUGUUAGCUGGCCUCAUUUGUUUGAGGCAAAGGUUGUCCAGGUGUCUGAUGACACAGAAAGGUAUAUUCUUGUUGAGGCCCCACAGAAGGGAGGUAAGAGUCCCCGGACCAGAGAGAUUGUGAGGGAGUCCCAGAACAACACAGAGAGCAGUCUGUGGCACCGAGAGGUGGCCAGUAUCAAAGAAAGAUAUCAUGACAGAUUGGGUGUAAUGGUUGGUGAAACCUCCAUUUUAUUGAAAGUCUUGCCAAUGAAUGGCAGAACGUAUGUCUGUGGCUCCCAUGGUGUGAUAACACUAAAGAAACAGUUUGCUCAAAACCCUGUCCCCUUUGUUUAUCAGGCCACAGUAAAGGAUCUAUCUGUACAUGACCCCAGUUUCUGUCAGUUCCGGACCCUGUCAGAGAUGUUUCCUGUGGGGGAGGUGGCCUUUAUGUUGGGGUGGCCACACUAUGGCUGUCAGGGAGAGGUGUUGGAUGUAGAGGAGGGAGAGAGCCCCAGGGUCAGGAUCAAUGUCACCACCCUGGAGGAACCCAACCUUGCCAAAUUUAUCAAUACUGAGAGGUACAACGACCAGUAUUACACAUCAUUUCAAUCAGCCCAGUGGGUGGGAACCAGUUCGCACUUCCUGUCACGCAUCACCGGCUCCAUCUUCGUAAAACGGGGAUCACGAGAAGAGCCAGACGAUUCUAAAAUGGUGAACAUAGGGCUCAAUCUGAAAUUUACAAAGAAAAACGAGGAGGUGCCAGGCUAUACCAAGUUAACAAAUGAAGGGUGGUUAUACUCCCAGAAGGCUACAGACAUGGUUCUUGCGUACCUACAGAAAUUUCCUGACAUGUGGGACGUUCUAGCCAAUCUGGACAGAGAAAAGAAAGAUGUGGUCUAUGAGUCCGACAUCUUUAAAAACUUGAAAGAGAAUUUAGACAGUGUAGUUGAAUACAUAAAGGCCCAGCCCUGCUCUCAGAUCAAACCACAGAAAGUUGGAGCGGAUGUACUGGAUGAAGGGGUCAUCAAGGCCAUUGAGAAAGAAGUCACAACUGUCAAUGAGAGAAAUAAAAAGAAGACAAAUGUCAAGAAAGUCAAGAUGCAAGUUAAACCUUAUCUUCUGUACAAGCCUUUGAUCAUUCAAGGUGGCGUGUUACCAGAUCCUACAGUACAUUACGAGAUGUUUGACCGCGUGGUCAACAUAAGGACUGGUUACUCUGUCCCGUUUGGCCUGAGGGGGACUGUUGUGGGAAUACAGAAGGGGGAGAAGGAUUCAGACACAAUGUAUGAUGUCAUCUUUGAUGAGGAAUUCCCUGGUGGAAUAGUUAUCAGGGGUUCAACGGAGAGAGGUUAUAGACUACAGUCAGCAGGAAUGAUCAAUAUCACUCACGGAGCUCGCAAGAAUGGUGCUGCUAAAGAGCUCAAGUCAAAAACAAACCAACAAAGUGUACGACUGUCUCAGAAUAGCAAUUAUAAUAGUACCCCUUACCAACAGAAACUCUACAGUCAGGGAAACCAGAACAGGACAUAUAACUCAUACGCUGAUGCAUCAAGAGGAGGUCAAGGGUCAUAUAGUGACCUGAUGAAUAGGAAUGACAACAGAAGUUAUAAUGAUCAGGGGUAUGAGAAUGAUUGGGGCUAUAAUGAUUAUGGAAGAGGACAGAGGGGUUCCAAUAGACAGGGUAACUACAGGGGUAGGGGGUUCUCUGGAGAUUACCAGGCUAACAUUGAUUAUAGUGGAUACAGUGAUGGACAGUAUUACUCAGAGACUUUUCAAGGAAGAGGGGGGUUUAACAGCGGUGGUGGAAGAGGAGGCAGGAAUCAAGCUGGAAACAGGGACUCCAGGCAGCUGCAGAAAGAGGAGAACAGAAGGGAGAAUCAAAUCAAGUCCCAGCAAAAUAAAACUCACAACAAGGAACCCUCAGUCAACAGUGACAUGUAUCUACGGCAACAGAGUUUUGAUGGCAGUGAUUCUACUCAGCCUACGUUUGUGACUCCUAAAGUAGCUCAGCAGGCCCGAAAGGAGGGCAGUGCUAGAAAGAGUUUACCAGAGGGACAGAGUGAGUUUGCCAACAUGUGGAAGCAGCUUCAGUCCUCCAGUAAACCCAGCCCUGACAAGAAGACAGAGCCCGAUCCCCCCUCACUACACCAGGCGGCUGCAGCCCUAGACAAGGUCCAGAGUCUCCAGAGAGCUGAGGGUGAGACCGACAAAAAACCUCACAACCUGACACUGGAGAAGCUGUUUAUCCAGGCCAAGUCUGCACAGGAGUCUCAGCAGUCUGCAGAGAAGGAAAAAUCUCCAAACUCUUCAGACAUGGGAGUAGAGGAAACUGCGGCAGCUCUAAAGCAAAUGCUGAAAAUAGGAACAGAUCCAGGAAGUAUGGAAGUUAAUUCACCAACAAAGUCUGAUAAGAGUUAUGGGAGACAGCUUUCAGUUCAGGAACUGUUUGAUGGAGCCAAGCAGCUUCCUCCAACCACUCAGCUAGCCCCUGGUCAGUCGGCCCCAGGUAAGUCUGGCCCAGGUCAUUCGGGCCCUGAUCAGUCGGCCCCUGGUCAUUCUGGUCCAGGUGGUGAAAGCCAAAGACCAAGAUCACAGAAAGAGAGCCAGCAACAGAACCAAAGAAACCAGCCAGCCCACCAGCACCAGGGGAACCGCAGGAACCCGGUGAUGGAUUUAGCUGGGUGGUGCAGGUCUUUGGGAAAACCAGAACCUAGAUAUGAUUUUGUAGGACAGCCAGGUGCCUAUAGCUGUAUUGUCUCACUGCCUGAUGGUGCUAGAUUUCAAGGAUCUCAAAUGAAGUCUCAACAGGAGGCCAUCGAAAAUGCAGCAGCCAUUACCAUGCUUCAGAUUACUCAAGCAAACUCUAUGAUGAGACAGUUAGCCUCACCAAAUUCAGCAUUUAAACCAGUGCCACAGAUGUUACAAUAUCACAAUAGGAAUAUGGCCCCAGGCAUGAGGCCACCCAGGCAAUAUGGCCCUCCCCAUCAGCGUUAUUAUGGACCUCCCCAGCAGGGAAACUUCAGGCAGCAAUCAGCCAAUUAUCAUAGUCAUUACAACCAGAAUCAACAUGGGCCGAGGAAGCCUCAAUCAGCCAAUCAGAAUGCUCGACGUGGAGAUCAAAUACCAAACUCGGCGGAAUUCAAGUCUGACUUAGACCCUCACAGCAACCCUUUUGUACCACUACAGGUGACAAGACAACAGAAAACUCCCAGUAAGCAAAAAGAUUCCUCAGAAUCUGUUAGGGAGUCUAGUGAAAGGACUGUAGCAGAAAAAAAAGUCGCAAAAGAAGAACCAAGUUCAGCUACCAGUGAUAGGAAAGCUCCUAAUCAGACUGUGAUAAAAUCAGAAGCCAAAUCUACAUCUAAGGAAGCUCAGAACACGAAAAAACAGGAAAAAACGCCACAGAAAAGGCAAGGGGAACAACCCAAGAGAAGACCACGAAUGGCAGCAAACCUGAACUUUGGUGCUUCAUAGAGAAGCUGUUUAAAUGUUUUUAUUUUUA